AUGUCGGACUGGAACGCUGCUGCGGGUGGUGCAGAAUGGGACUCCGGUGCUGGAGCUGCUGGCAAUGCUUGGACCGAUGGCGUUGACGCUGGUGCGAGUGCUGGCGGCGACUUCGGUACUACGAACGGCGAUGCCACUCAGAAAGGAGCUGGAGCUGGAGGGGAUUUCACGUGCCGUCGCUGCGGUGAAGCUGGGCACAUGGCUCGUCAAUGCCCAACCGCUCCCGAAGGUAGUGGCAAUGAUGGCAAAUGUUUCAAUUGUGGCGAAGAAGGCCACUCAAAGGUCGACUGUCCCAACCCUCGUGUGUUCAAAGGGAUCUGCCGCAUUUGCGAGAAAGAAGGUCACCCAGCUUCUGAAUGUCCCGACAAACCUCCACCCAAAUGCUUCAACUGCAAGCAGGAAGGGCACCAGACCUCGGAAUGCAAAGCAAAUCGGGUCUUUGACACGUCUCGUGUAGCUGACAUGUCUGCCGAGGAUGCUUGGGAAGCCCUCCAGAAGGCAGAUGAGGAGCGUGAAUUGGAGGAUUUCCGUGAGGCCUUCAGAGUCUACACCAAGGUAGCUUCCGAUGCCACGUACGAUGAGCUCGAGACGGCAUUUCGUGUUAAUAAUUUCAAUACGUAUCUCAUCGCAACAGAGAACGAGUUACUUAAGACUCAUACAUACGUCAAUCUCCAAGGAGAACUUGACAAGACCUACAAAGUCGGCUUCCAUUUAAGCCCUAAGCCAAAGCGCGAGACCGCGAAGCAAGGAUGGCCAGAGACACCGGAGGAGAAUCUUGAGCGUCUCAAGGAUGCUGGUCUACCCAUGGAGCGUGGUAUUCCGAAGUGCAUACGCUGUGACGAGCUUGGCCACACCGCUCGUGCCUGCCCCGAGGAGGCUGUCGAGAACGCAGAUAGGGUCCAAGUCAAGUGCGUGAACUGUGAGGAAGUCGGUCACCGUGCUCGCGACUGCCCCACACCGCGAGUGGAUAGGUUUGCCUGCCGUAAUUGCAAACAAUCCGGUCACACAUCCGCUGAAUGCACCGAGCCACGCUCCGCUGAAGGAGUCGAGUGCCGCAAAUGCAACCAGAUGGGACACUUCUCGAAGGACUGCCCUACUGGUGGGGGAAACAACUGCCGCAACUGCGGUAAGGAGGGUCACAUGAGCAAAGAGUGCGACAAGCCGCGCAAUCCAGCAACUGUGACAUGCCGAAAUUGCGAUGAGAUGGGACAUUUCAGCAAAGACUGCCCCAAGCCUCGUGACUACAGCAAAGUCAAGUGUUCUAAUUGUGACCAAAUGGGCCAUACCAAGGUACGAUGCAAGGAGCCAAUAAGAGAAGUUGACGAUGGAGGCUUUGGUGCCGGCGGGGACACAGGCGGUUUCGAUGCCCCGGUCAGUGGUGAAGAUUUUGCCGCUCCGGCCGCCGGAGGAGUAGAUGAGUGGGCUGCUGGCUCUGGAGGAGCGACUGAUGACUGGGGUACCGCGCCAGCGGCUACGACUGUGGGAGGAGGAGGUCAAGACAACUGGUAG